UGCCUUCAAGUGCUUACCGCAAAAUCCCAAAUCGGAGUGAUCACUCUAACGAAAUGGGACCGUAUACAGUGUGCUUUUUUCUGUGAUAGUGUGUUGUAAUAUUUCAAAAGGUCCUGCCGUUUAUGUCUACAUACACACAUGCUAUAUGACAAAAAAAUAAUAAUACGGACACUGCGUACAUACGUGCGGUCAAAGCACACAAAAAGCAAACCCUAACCUAAUGAGAUCAUUACAAAACACUCAGGCAUUAAAGAUAAUCAAUGCCAAAGUACAUCAUUGUUGACAAAGCACAUAUUUAUUAUUUUAAUGUCUUUUUGUCUGCAGUUUUAAUGUGAAUGACUAGAAUAACAGAGCAUUCCAUAUGAUGUAGUGCAAGGCUACACAAUCAUAAACAAAUAGAUUUGCAUUAGCUUUCAAAAUAUGGAAUGACCAGUGAGUGUGGUUCGUCUUCACGGCCAAAGUAAUAAAUAAUAUCCGGAUGUAUUUGAAGGCAGCACGCCGCUGCGGUCCUUUGCAGGAAAGGAAGGAAACGUGGGCGGUGAUGACGUUCAAUAGUCUCACAAUGAAACGGCUCAUAUUGCAAAAUGUUAUAAUUGUCUGGAUACUACUACAAAGAUAAUCAUAAACAGUAUAACAGCAGAAAAUAGUACAUUCUGAGAAUGUAUCCUAUAGAAUGGAUGUUUGCUCAUUUGAGGGACUUUAUGAUUCGCAAGUAAUGUUACAAAAUAGUGCCGUCUUGUGGUCAACAUUGGUACUACUGAUCCAGUAGAUUACUCCUACGACUAGUAGUUUGCACAGAAUGAAUUACAACGAUGCCGAUUUAACAAAUAGGCCAUGCAAAAUUGUCAAGAGAGGGUCUGUUAUAUGCGUUUUAAAAACGCAGUUUUCUCGAAUUAUAAAUCGCAUCCUGUUCUGUGAGGUAUUGAAGAUGAUCGGGACGCUUAGCGGGAUCGUAAGAGCAGUUGCUCGGAAUAGGACUUUAUGGAGACACGGGAAGCAAGUCCGUGGGUACGCCUGCCCACCAGGAUCGAUGCGCUUGCACGAAAACUGUCUGGAACUCGAGUACAGAGGGACUCGGAUGCAUUUGGACUACGUGUGGUUGAGGGAUCACUGCCGCUCUGCCGAGUCCUUCAACAUCCAAACGCAUCAGAGGAACUUGGACACCGGAAGUAUCGACCUCAACAUCCGGCCCGAUCACGUCCAAGUGGAAGAUGACGACCUUAUCCUUACUUGGCCUGGUGGUCACACUUCCAAAUACAGCCUUAGCUGGUUAGCCGAGAACAGCUACGAGGGAAAGAAGCAGAGCGUCGUGCAGCCACGCAUCCUUUGGAAUGCGGACAUUUAUAAGAACUCCCAUGUGGCCUCCUCCAAAUGGGACGCAUUUAUGAACAGCGAGGAUGAAUUAAAAAAGUUCCUGCAGAACUAUCUUCUCUACGGGAUCGCCUUUGUGGACGACGUCCCCGCUACAAUCGAAGCCACAGAGGCCGUGACGCAGAGGGUUAGUCUUAUCAGGGAAACAACCUAUGGACGAAUGUGGUCCUUCACGUCAGAUUUCUCCAGAGGAGACACUGCCUACAGCCAGCUGGAUCUUGACCGCCACACAGACACAACCUAUUUUCAAGAACCGUGUGGAAUUCAGGUUUUUCACUGUCUAAAACAUGAAGGUACCGGUGGAAGGAAUCUGCUUGUCGAUGGUUUCUAUGCAGCUAAAAGUCUUCGUAAACGGUCACCAGAAGAUUUUGAACUGCUUUCGCAUGUUCCAAUCAAACAUGAAUAUCUUGAACGCACUGGCAGCCACCAGAACCACAUGAUUGGCUUCGGACCCGUUCUGAAUGUCUAUCCUUGGAAUAAUGAGCUUUACAUGAUUCGGUACAACAACUUUGACCGAGGAGUAAUAAACACAAUACCUCAUGAUGUUGUUCGCCGCUGGUACGCGGCUCAUCGCCAGUUGACCUCGGAACUCAGGCGAGCGGAGAAUGAGAUGUGGAUGAAACUGACUCCAGGAAAAGUGAUUUUUAUUGACAACUGGCGGGUCAUGCACGGCAGGGAGGCGUUCACUGGCGUGCGGCAAGUCUGUGGAUGCUAUCUGAGCAGAGAUGAUAUUCUCAGCAAAUCACGAUGUUUGGGGCUUCAGGUAUAGCAAAUCGAAGAGAGCCCCUUAAGUUCCGUGAAGUCCGCUUGAAGGCAAUAAAUGUUUGAUUGACGCUG